AUGGCGACCACUAUUCGAUCUACGGUGGAGAGGCUGGAUAGGCCCAGCACCUAUUUCAAUAACAAGAACAAACGCCGGAAGUCGUCGCAUCAUGAUCGCGGAGAUCGCGAGGAAGAUAAGCCUCAGGCGGACUUCGAUAUCUCCCUGAAAGAGGCUACCACUCUAUACGUCGGAAACCUCUCGUUCUACACAACCGAAGAACAAAUACACGAGCUAUUUGCAAAAUGCGGAGAGAUAAAACGUCUUGUCAUGGGCUUGGAUCGGUUCCAGAAAACCCCCUGUGGUUUCUGCUUCGUUGAGUAUUAUACACAUCAGGAUGCUUUGGAUUGUAUGAAGUAUAUCGGAGGAACAAAGUUGGAUGAGCGAAUUAUUCGAACCGAUUUGGACCCUGGAUUCCAAGAGGGGAGGCAGUACGGACGUGGUAAAUCUGGUGGACAAGUUCGUGAUGAGUUCAGAGAUGAAUUCGACCCGGGCCGUGGUGGGUACGGGCGCGUGUUUGGAGAAGAUAGUUGA